GUUGUUGUAUAUUGUUGCAUAUGCUGGUAUUUUCAGUCGUUAUAUGCGUUUGGAUUUCCUGAAUGGAUAAUCGAAUAUUGGCACACCGUGGCUGGCGGAUCACGGAUGGCCUCGUUGGGUCAUUUGAAAUGCUCAGGGCUGAACAGGGCUUGCGAGAUGCCUGUAGCUCAGGAAACCGUGAAAGUCUUCAAGAGAUAGCAAGAAGCUUGCCAGUUGAGAAACUGGAUGAGGUGUUAUCCAAUGGGAGAGAUUACCCAACAGGAACUCUGCUGUGUGAAGCUAUCCUGUGUGAGCAGCCAGCCAUCUUGCAUGAUUUAAUACAGCUGGGUUGUGAUCUGGAACAAGAGUGUGCUUUGGAUAUCUUCUUCCCUGUUCCUUAUGUUGACACAGGUCCAGCGCUGUGCGUUGCAUGUGCCAUUGGGAAUGUCGAGUGUGUAUCUGUGCUGCUGAAGGCAGGAGCCAGUGUUAACCAUGCUGGAAACUUUGGAACACCCUUAAUGUCAGCCUGCAAGGAUGGAAACACCCAAAUCAUCGAUCAGUUGCUGGAAUCUGGAGCAAAUGUCAAUUUGACAUCGAGAAAUGGAAAUGGGCAAACUGCCUUACAUAUUUCUUGCCUGGCUCAUGACAAUGUAGACAAUAUCCGUACAUUGAUAGCGCAUGGAGCAAAUGUCAAUCAUAGGGAUCGAGAUGGUCAUUGUCCAGCAUUCAAGGCCUGCAUGGGAGCAAAUUGCUCGGUGGCUGAGUUACUACUUCAACAUGAAGACCUGGAUAGCUCUGUAGAAGAGCAGAUACAAAUGUUCUGGUUGUUAGGAUCAGAGUGUGCUAUUAAAUUGGACAAUCAAUCUCUUGCCAUAAAGUACUGGAAGUGGGCAGCUGUGAUGGAUAGCACAUUUGGUGUGUAUCACAACAUGCUAGCGACUAAACUGACAGAAGCUCAAAGAAAUGCUGGUAUACACUGUCACCUGCAGAAUGAGGCGGAUCUGGAUACUCUGGCCUUGGAUCCUCAAAAAGUUCAGUUCCAAGUUCUACUCUUCCUGUACCUUGUGUUUGGAUGGGGUAAGGAGACAGUGGCCUGCCUCACAACCCAAAUGAGCUUAGCAUUAUGUCAGCAGAAAGCAUGGUUGGCAUGUCAGCUUCUCAUGUUCAGCAGUGACAUGGCAGACAAAGUGAGCAGCGUCGACAUGGACUCUGUCUGUGAGAACAUCAGCCAGACGGUUGAGGAUUUACUGGAUCUGUUGCUGACGAAGUCCUUAUAUCCUCCUGACACCCAACUCAACCUCAUUCUUCAUGGAAUUCUCAGCCAUAUCCUCAAGCUCCUUGAAAAAGUCCUUCUAGAUCCUGGCGUAGCCACUGUAAACGCCUUGAAGAGGUCACAUCUCCAGCUGAGCCAAGGGAAGUGCAAGAAAGACCGAGCAGAGCAGCUUAUUGAAGCCUUCCUAGGUGUGCUAAAAUAUAGACUUCAGUGCAAGGUCAAAAAUUCAGCUACCAUUGACAUUUAUCAGGAAAAGGUGCGUAACUUUUGCCAACUAUGCCAGCUGCCCAGCUCUGUAGCUAUGAAGCUGAAUUCUACGCUGUGGAAAAUUGCUGUGCAUGGAGGGCCUUGCUGCAAAUACAGCCUUGUAUGGCAACACCACAAUCUGUUCCCGUGUUUACAAACAACCAAACUAUUUAUCAAAUGUGGACUUAACUUCAACUGCAUAGAUAAUAAGAGAAACACACCACUUCAUAAUAGUUUGUUAUGUCAAGAACCCUCGGUAGAAAUAGUUCGUUUGUUGGUGGAAAGUGGUGCAGAGGUAGAUCUUCCAAACAAGGAUGGUGUGAGACCUUGUGAUAUCAUUGCUGGAAAGCCCUGUUACUCCUUAUGUGUCCUCAGGUUUUAUUCUUUGAAAUCUUUAGCAGCACGAGCUAUUGUUAAACAACAGGUUCCAUUUUCUGAAAGCUUACCAAAAACUCUUGUAGAAUAUGUUGAAGCCAGGCAUGUUCACAAACCUUGGCUCGGUCUUUGUGAAGUUUAAAACUACAAACUGAGUUAAAUGACCCUAAGUAAAAUUUGACACUGGUUUAUGUUAAAAAAGUACCUGUUCAUUUUCAGGUUAAAGUUAAAGGUUAAAGAGUACAUUGUCUGUUCACUGGUCAUUGCUUGUAUUAUGAAUGCCAAAUACCUGCUGAAUAGAUUCAUGAACUAAAGAUUUAAGUUAAUUUGUGUUACCUAUGAUACCUUUGAAAAAUUUGGUCCAUUAAUCCAGCAAGAAGGAUAUAUUUCUUGAAAGGAAUGAUGUUAUCUUUGUCUGGCUGUUCAGUCCGUUCAUUUUUAUUUUACAGUGGCAUAUUAGAAUGGUUUGUAUAGCUGUGUUAAAAAUACGAAUGCACCCUCAUAGGACAAGGGAUUCAACAAAUACUUCAGAUGAUACAAAAGUGUGUGAGACAUGAAUAUUUCAGUUGAGAAAAUAUCAGGAUUAUGGUGGAGGAAACUAGGCAAGGCUAGAUACCUGCAAACCUAUUGGCAUAAGACCACAACCAAGUAAGGGUGUGCUGGAUUCUGACAUGCAACUUUAUUUCUCAGGAAAUAGCUAUCUGAACCAAGGCACUCUCGAAAGCUCAAUCACAACCAGCAAUAUCUCUUCAAAUUGCAUGCUGUACAUGAAUUAUAAUUUGUUACAAAUCCAGUGUAAUGUAUUAUCAGGAUCUGCCAUAAAGAUGAAGAUUAAAGAACUAGA